AUGAGUUUGGAUGAAACAAAUCUUCAUAUUCUCGCAGCCUCAGGGAAUACUAAAGAGCGUAAAUACGCUGCUCGUAUUCAACCAAUAAGAAAAAAUGGGCAUCUACUUUUGGUCACAUUAUUACUCUCGAAUGUCCUGAUAAAUGAAACUUUACCUAUUAUAAUGGACGAUAUAAUUGGCGGAGGAGUAAUUGCAAUUCUCAUUUCCAGUGGUCUUAUCGUCAUUUUUGGUGAAAUCAUUCCACAAGCUGUAUGCUCUAAAUAUGGGCUUGCAAUUGGCGCCUUUUUUGCUUGGCCCGUGAGAUUUGUCGUGUCAUAUCCGAUCGCGAGAUUGUUAGACACUAUUCUGGGUAAAGAAAAAGGAUUGAUUUAUUGCCGCGCAGAGCUAAAAGAAUUGAUUAAAUAUCACGAAUCUUCAACGUUACAUGGCGGUGACCUUGUAACCGAUACCGUGACUAUUAUGCGUGGAGCAAUUGAUCUCCAAGAAAAAAUUGUAGAGAAUGCCAUGACGUCAAUCAAAAGAACUUUUAUGAUUUCUUACGACGACGCAAUUUUGGAUCGAAAAACUUUGGAAGUAAUUGUCGCAUCUGGCCAUUCACGGAUUCCUGUAUACGAGGGUACACGUGAAAACAUAAUUGGAGCUUUGCUGACAAAUUCUUUAAUACUUUAUAGUCCAAGUGAAGCGGCGCCACUUCGAACAUGCGUAAUAAAUACAAUACCAACAGUCGAAGCCGAUCUACCAUUAUUUGAGAUGUUAAACAUCUUCCAAGAAGGCAGAAGUCAUAUUGCAAUUGUUGUGAAAAGCAAGAGAGAACGAAAAUCAUCGCCAAUCGGUAUCAUAACGCUCGAAGAUGUACUCGAAGAAUUAAUUCAAGAAGAAAUCUACGAUGAAACGGAUAAAUAUGUAGGAUUGACGGUACGAUUAGAAACUGGUGGCGAAGGACGACGAGGUCGUGGAAAGUUUAAGAGUAUAGCUAUACGAUCUCGGAGUCAGCCUGUGACUGGUCCUCGUGUAAAUGAAGCUACACCUUUGUUACAAAUUCAACCCCACAUUCUGCUAUAA